AUGUCGGUCAUCUACAAGAGGAGCGAGCGCGACCGCGAGUGGGACACCACGUCCACGCGCACUGGUGCCACUGGCUACACCACGGUGCGGCGCUACAAGGUGCCCGAUCACAGCCUCGAGGAAGACACGUACGAGACCGAGAUGCGCAUGGUUCACCGCGGCCGCGACGACUUCGACGACCGUCGCUCUGUCAAGGACUAUCAUAUCGAGCGCCAUGAAGCGCCCGCUCCCCAACGAGAAGUGAGACACUACCACUACGCCGAACGUGAGCGCGAAGUCUCGCCCAUGCGUUCCGAGUAUCGCAUUCAGCGCGAAUACGAGCGCUCCCCCUCACCUGCGCGCACCGAGAUCCGCAUUUCCCGGGACUACGACCGCGAGCGCGAGAUCUUCCCGCGGGAGCAGCCCUAUGAGUUGGAGAAGUACUCGAGGUCUACUGAGUAUUUCCGCCCCGAGCCGCUGCCCCAACCCCCACCACCCCAGCCCCAGUCCAUCUACAUCCGCAAUGAGGCCCCCCAGCCCCAGCAGAUGCCACCCAUGCAGAUGCAGAUGCAGCCUAUUAUUAUCCGGGAGGAAGCCCCUCAACCCAUCAUCAUCCGCGAGCGCGUCCAAGAGCCAUCCUACGAGCUUGUUGAACGUACUGAAGAAGACAGACAGGUUGCUCGUCCGCAGCGCCACGAGGAAGAUUACUACUACGAGCGCAGAGUGAAGGAGAUCGAUCGCGGCGGUCGCUACGAUGAGCGAUACGCUGACGAGCGUGAAUAUGACCACCGAUGGGGAGGUAAGAACUACUACAGCGACGACGACAUCUAUAUCCACAAGGAGAAGGAUACCUGGGGCGGAAGUGAGACCCGCACCAAACGUGAUGUUGCUGCAGGCGCUCUUGCCGGAGUUGCUGCAGGACAAAUCAUCAGGCAUCACCGCAAGAGAAAGGGUGAAGCCGCUGGAGGCAACAUAGGAAAUGCCCUUGGCUACGGCACGCUUGGUGCCGUGAGUGCUGUGGCUCUCGAUAGAUUUAACAACCGUGACAGAUCCCGGUCUGUUUCUUCUGAUCGUGGCAGAGGCAGCCGCCGUGCCAAAUCUCGCCACCGCAGCAAGUCGAGGGUGAAGGAGCUGGGCACGCUUGCCGCACUUGCCGGUGUUGGAGCCCUCGCCUACGCUGCCGGACAGAGGAACAAGAACAAGGUGGUCAAAGAGGAGACGGUUACGGUCAUAGAAGAUCGGCACCGAAGCAGGUCACGUCAUGGAGCGCAAGUUGGCCUUGCCUCUGCUGCUGUAGCCGGUCUUGCGGCACGCAGCCGUAGCAAGUCUCGAAAGCGCAAGGGCAAGCGCUCACCUAGCCGGAUCCGACAGGGUGUUCCGAUUGCUGCCGCUGGUGUUGCCGGCGCAGCUGUCACUGGACUUUAUGAGAAACGCAAGGCUAAGAAGGAGGCUAGGGCGGCAUCGCGGUCCAAGUCAAGGUCGCGCUCAAGGUCCAGGUCAGUCCUCUCCCGCCUUACCGGACGCAACCGCAGCAGACGUGGAAGUACAGUGAGUGAACCUGUUUUAGUAGAGUACGGCGAUGAUCCGGUGUACACCGAUCGUGCCAGUAGUCGCAGUCGAAGCCGGGACCGCAGCCGCGCGCACCGUAGACGGCGAGGAAGCUCUUCUUCCUCUGGUGGUCGACGUGGAAGCCGGAGCCGGAGCCGGAGCAAGAGUCGAUCACGGAAGGUCGCGGAGACGGCGGCGGUCGCCGGUGUAGCUGGUCUGGCUGCCCAUGAAGCAGCGAAGCGGCGCGACCGUAAGAAGGCCGAAAAGGAAGCCGAACGACGACGCGAGGAGGAUUCAGCCUACUCCACAGGCACCUACAGCCCCUAUGAUAGCCCCACGCCCACCGAUGUCUCCACCUCCACUGCCCAUCCUAACGACUCUCGCUACUUCCCUGAGACGAACUACUUCCCCCCUCCCCCUAGUGCUCCAGUAGACCCCAACCCCAACCUCAACUUCAAUCCCAACACCAACAACCCUUAUCCUCCGUAUAACCCAGCAGACUUCCCUCCGCCUCCUCAGAGCGCAUAUGAGCCCAACCAUCCCUCACAUUUUGUCAACCCACCACACGACGACUUGCAUCUCGGCAACCCAUAUGCACCCCAGCAUCAACAACAACACGAACCCUACUACGGCCAGCCACGACGUGGGGGUGACAAUGUGAGUGCUCCAGUCCCUGAUGGCGGUAAAGAGCACCAUAACUUUGCGUCUUCGCGUGGGCCCGUAGACGACCCGCCUAGCCCGAGUCCGUCCCCGGAAGAAGAUAAGAGCGUCCAUUUCGACUUGAACCCACAAGAACGAGAGAUACCCUCCCGAGAGGCCUCACGGUCACGGGAGUCUUCAUCCGAUUCCGAUUCCGAAAGGCAACACAGACAUCGAGAUGAUCACAGUCACAAGCGACACAGGCGACGCAGGGAUGACGAACGAUCGGAUGCUACAAGAGAGUCUGGCAGGGCCCGGAAAAGGCGUCACCGCUCUGAAAGCCCCGGGUCAGAUACCUCUGAUGCUACCAUUGAACUUCCACCCCGCUUCGACGAGAAGGGGCGGCAGCAGCCUGAGGACCCACUGGCGGAGAAGUUGGAGAGUAUUCUGCAAAACAUCUUUCGAUAG